AUGCCGGUCAAUCAAUUCGUCGCCAAGUCACAUGUUCUUCAUCGUGCCUUGGCAUAUGAGCCACAAAAGAUUGUGUCAGGCUCAGGCAUCUCCUUUACUCUAGAAUCCGGGAAGGUUGUCUAUGAUGCUUCUGCUGGGCCCUCCGUCUCCGUCUUGGGGCAUCAUCAGCCCGAAGUUACAAAGGCUAUCGUCGACCAACUUGACAAGAUAGCUUAUGUAUAUUCUGGAAGUCGGUAUACUUGCGAUGCUGCUGAGUCUCUGGCCACCGAACUCUUGAAGGAUGCCCCUGGAGGCCUGGUCAAAGCCAUUUUUGUCAACUCUGGUAGCGAAGCAACGGAUGCAGCCCUGAAAUUGGCAACACAAUACUUUUGCGAAGUCGGACAGCCUAAACGAAUCAACUUUAUUGCUAGAAAACAAAGUUAUCACGGCAACACUCUCGGUGCGCUGAGCGUCUCCGGCCACGAAUCGCGCCGUGCAUAUUACCGCCCCUGGAUAGCCAAUAAUGUCAGCUUUGUUGACCCAUGUUAUAGCUACAGGGCAAAGGGGGAGUCUGAAACCGAUGCUCAGUAUGUCGAAAGAUUGAAGUUACAGCUAGAGGACGAAUUCUUGCGCUUGGGUCCGGAUACCAUCAUGUGCGGUAUGGGAAAGACAGGCACGAUGCAUGCCUGGGAGCAGGAAGGUAUCAGAGGGCCAGACAUUCAGAUGAUUGGAAAAGCAUUAGGAGGAGGCUUCGUACCUCUAUCUGGUGUCUUGUUGAACCAGAAAGUCUUUGACGGUCUAGCUGAAGGCACCAUGGUGCUCGCUCACGGCCAUACUUUCCAAGCUCACCCAACAGCUUGCGCGGCGGCCCUCGCUGUGCAAAAGAUCAUCAAGCGGGAGAACAUCCUAGAUCAUGUCGCGAGUAUGGGCCGGUUGCUUGAGGCGGAGUUGAACAAAGAAAUUGGCCCUUUGGCACAUGUUGGAAACAUACGUGGAAGAGGGUUGUUCUGGGCUGUCGAGUUUAUGCGUGAUGCCGCUACCAAAACUCCAUUCCCUGUUGAGCACAAUUUCUCGAACCGAAUAGUGGAAGUUGCAGCAGAAUUGGGCCUGAAUGUCUUAGGAAAUUUGGGCAAGACUGGCAAGAUUGAUGUAGAACUAGUCAUUCUAGCGCCGCCAUACAUUGUUACAGAGGAGGAGAUCAAGGCCAUUGUCGGAAUUCUGAAGAAGGCGAUUCUCGCUGUGACGGAGGAGCACGUCGUUCGCUACGGUAUCAACGGCUUUCACAAAUAA